AUGUUUAAUAAAGCUGUUUCAGAUAAAAAAUGCACACCCUCUCCAUUACGUAAAUGUUCUUAAUAUCAUGUACCAAACUCUUACUUUUCCAAAUAACCUUUAGAGAGAUCAUUCGAGCCUAUAGAAAAACAAAAGACAUUAAAUGAUGAGACACAUGAAAUAUCAAGAUUAUAGUAGAUUAUUGAAUAAUUAAAGAAUGAAAAUACUAGAUUACAUUCUGCAUUACAACAAUAAUAUCUAUAAUUCUAAUAUGAAACUCAACAGUUAAAUUAAUAAAUAGUAAAUAUGCAAUCAGAGUAACAAUAACUCAAAUAAACAUUAAUCGACCCAUCUCUUCAAAAUAAUAAAAUGAUCUAAUAUAUUGAAGAGUUGUCAACUUAACAUCUAAAUCUUCAAAUCCUAUACUAAGAUGCAUAUUUAUAAUUGUAAUAAUCAGAAAUCUAUUCCAAUUAAAUUAUGUUACUUUAAAAAGAAUUGAAAGGCAAAGAAGAUGAGAUUGAAAUACUUAAAAAUGAAUUGUUAAUUACUACUAAAACAAAUAUAGAAUAAUCAGAAAAUCAAAUAAUUUAUGACUUUCUUAAAAAUAUUAAAUAAUAAUAUAAUGAUGAUGAAUGCAAUUCAGUACAUUUAUAUAAUUGA